AUGAUAUCUAAAUUAUUUGAAUUUAUAAAAUCAUUAAACUUUAAUAAAAUCGAAUCAAUAAAUCAUUUAAAAUCAAUCAAACCAUUCCCAAAAGAAUGUAAUCGUAAAGGUUCAACCAUUUUAAUUUGUCCAACGAGUUUGAUUUCAUACCAAGAACUAACUUCAAAACUUCAAACUCAAAUCACACUAAUCCCAUUAAUUUCAAGUUCAACACCAUAUAGAAUAAAAGUACCAUAUCAAUUAUCAAAAGACAUGACCAAAUCAAUCGAAUGGUCAACCAAUAUCUGGCCCCUAGAAUUGAAUAAACCGAAACCCAAAACAGCCGAAGAGAUCAACGAACCCAUGUUCAACAAACUUUGGAGUCCAUUCGAAAUCCAAUGGAUCUUGACCCAAUUUCUUUCAGUCCUAAACUCAGCCUACGAGUCUUUCAAGAACGACCAAGAACUAGGUGUAGGAGUCUUAGUCACAAACCAAUCAUUAGAAUCCAUCCAAAAAGAAGGAGACAUCGAACCUAAUCUAUCAAAUGCAAUAGACAAACGAAACUCUAGCUGUAAUCCACUUUCUCAUUCAUUCCUAAACUUAAUCACAAACGUAUCAAUUCAAGACCAAACCAAUUCUCGUCCGUUUAUCAAAAAAGAAACCCAAAGAGUAAGAAUCGAAGAAGAAGUAGAAGAAGAAAGACCAUACUUAUUAACCAAUUUAGUAGUCUUUGGUACACAUGAACCUUGUUUGUGUUGUUCGAUGGCUUUGUUACAUUCAAGAAUUCAUCAUUUGUUUUAUUUACUUCCGGUUCAUGGAUCAGGUGGAUGUGGUUCUUUAUGGAAUUUUAAUAACUUGAAUGGUUUGAAUCAUAAAUUCUUUGUUUGGAAACUGAAAUUAAAUUUCAAUAUUCCUUUAAUCGAAUUCGAUCCUUGA